AUGAAUAGCUAUAUGAGCACAAAUGGAAAUACUUUUUCAAUUGUAGUUGUUAUGAAUCUAUGUCGACUUAAUGUUUUUGGUGGUAUGUAUGGGAUUGCCAAUGCAUUCAAUGAAACCAAGUUGCUUAUAAAUCCCAACAUUGAAGAAUGUUGCAACUACAAGAAAGGCACAUAUCCAUCACUUUUGGAGAAUGUGAGUGAUAUUUCAUUUUUUCAAGAUAGGGCAAUUUUAGCACCUACCAAUGAUAUUGUUGAUUCACUAAACAAUUUCAUUUUAUCGAUGAUUUCUGGUGAGAAAAAAACAUACUUAAGUGCUGAUAGUCCGUCUACACAUGAUGAAAAUAUUAAUGGUCCUGAUCAUAUUCUAACUCCAGAAUUUUUGACCACCGUCAAAUCUUCAGGUUUGCCAAACCAUGAGUUAAAUCUCAAGGUUGGAGUUCCAAUUAUGUUAUUGAGAAAUAUUGAUCAACCGUUAGGAUUAUGCAAUGGUACGCACCUUAUAAUUACGCAAAUGGGGAAUUUCGUACUUAAGGCAAAGAUAAUAUCAGGAAACAGUAUUGGACAAAAGGUAUAUAUCCCAAGAUUGACUUUGUCUCCAUCUCCAUCUGAUACAAAACUUUCUUUCACGUUUCAACAUAAACAGUUUCCUAUUAUGGUCUCAUUUGCGAUGACUAUCAAUAAGAGCCAAGGACAAUCUCUUAAAAAUGUUGGAAUAUAUCUUCCAGAACCCAUAUUUUCACACGGACAGUUAUAUGUUGCUCUUUCAUGCGUUACUUCACGUGCUGGGCUGAAGAUGCUGAUGUGCGAUGACGAAGGACGUGUCUCCAACAAAACUAAUAAUGUUGUCUACAAAGAAGUCUUUCAGAAUUUAAGAUAG